AAAAUAAAUGCGGAAAAUCAACGCUCAAACAAAAAAACUUCCAUUGCUCAACGAAGGAGACGCAACAACACUCUCUUUCUCUCUCCUCUUUUCUCCAUCCCUUUCUCACUUUCUCUCUCCAACAAAAUUCUCAAAUUCUUCCCAUUUUCUCUCUCUCCUCUUUAUUUUCCAUUUCGAAUAAAUGGGUUUUCAUCAAAAUUUCUAGGGUUUUCAGUUUUUUUCGGCUGAAUUUCUCAGUUCAAUCUGCACUUCCUUAGCUUAACUAUUCAAUUCCUGUUCUGUAAUCUAGAUUUAAUUUCCCAGAGUUAACAAUCACUCUUCGUUGUUCUUCGCUUCAGUGUAACGCACUUCACUGGUGCAUAAUUUUGCCAGAAGUUCUGAACUCGUUGGUUUACUGCUUUAGUUUUAGUGGAACAAAAAGGAAAUGAAAUGAUUGAGAUUCGUCGGAUUAUUUCGACGAUUUGGUGCUGGUGAUUUCAGAUCACUAUCUUUUGAAUUGGUUCUAUUGUGUACUCAAACCAGUUUAUAUAACCAUUGGUAACAACGAAGUUCCUUGAAGUGUUUAUGGAGGUUUAUGAUGGUGCUCAAAUUUAUUACUUUAGACAUACUAUGAUAACUUAUCCCUGUAUACUUGAGUGAACUUGGGUUGCACUUGUUACUGGAGAAUCUUCCCUUGACUUGGUUUAGUGAAAUAAUUGAAAACAAAACUAUGCCUUCAUGGUGGGGGAAGUCAUCAUCUAAAGACGCAAAGAAAAAAACUGGCGAUGAAACAAUCCUUGACGCAAUAAGGCGAAAAUUCAGAAACUCAUCUGAUGUGAAAUUAGAUAGUAGAUCAGGAGCAUCUCGUAGGCAUUGCAUUGACACAGUUUCGGAGAGAGGUGCUCAAUCUAGGGCGGAGUCCAGAUCCCCUUCUCCGUCGAAAGUAUCCAAGCAUGUCGGAAGGUGUCAAAGUUUUGCUGAAAGGCCUCAUGCGCAGCCACUUCCCCUUCCUGGUCUGCAUCCUGCCAAUGUAAGUCGCACUGAUUCUGGAAUCAGUUUAUCGUCAAAACCGAGAACAGAAAAGAGCUCCAAGUCAUCAUUAUUUCUCCCUCUUCCAAGACCUUCCUGCAUUAGGAGCAGGGCAGAUCCUGCAGAGUUGGACAGUGAUGUUGUUACUAAUUCCGUUUCGAGUGCAAGCUCAAUAGAAAGUGAUGAUCUUACUGAGUCCCGGCUGCGUAGUCCCCAAGCAUUUGACCUUGAUAUUGGGGCAAGAACUGCUGCUGGAAGCCCUUCUAGUGUGGUACUCAAGGAUCAGGCAACCAAAGCUGCUCAAAAUGAUUAUGUAGAAGCACAAAAACCUGUUAGCCUUCCAUUAAGCAAUCAAAGUACUACUGCCUCCCCAAGAAGAAGAAGGCCUCUGGGCAAUCAUGUGCCCAAUUUGCUGGUACCUCCACAUGGUGCUUUUUGCAGUGCUCCCGACAGCUCGAUGUCUAGCCCCUCCAGAAGUCCACUGAGAACACCCAACUCUGAGCAAAUUUUGAAUGCUGCCUUCUGGGCUAGUAAACCUUACCCUGACGUGACUUUACUUGGAUCUGGUCACUGCUCUAGUCCAGGUUCAGGCCAAAACUCUGGCCACAAUUCUAUGGGAGGGGAUAUCUCAGGACAGCUAUUUUGGCAACAACCAAGCAGAGGUAGUCCAGAGUAUUCUCCAAUACCUAGUCCCAGAAUGACUAGCCCUGGGCCAAGCUCUAGAGUUCAAAGUGGUGCUGUGACUCCUAUUCAUCCUAGAGCUGCAGGUUCCGGCUCCGAUAUGCAUGCAAGCUGGGGUGAUGAUGGAAAACAGCAGAGUCAUCGUUUGCCUCUUCCUCCUGUUACCAUUCCAAGUCCUUCUCCGUUCUCUCAUGGGAAUUCAGCAGCAACAUCUCCCUCUGUUCCAAGAAGCCCAGCUAGAGCAGAGAAUCUUCCGAGCCCCACCUCACGCUGGAAGAAAGGGAGGUUGCUUGGUCGAGGAACAUUUGGACACGUCUAUCUUGGGUUUAAUAGUGAAACGGGUGAAAUGUGCGCCAUGAAGGAGGUCACACUUUUUUCUGAUGAUCCAAAGUCGAAGGAAAGUGCUAAGCAGCUUCAACAGGAAAUUGCUUUGUUGAGCCGCCUACGUCAUCCAAAUAUUGUGCAGUAUUAUGGUUCAGAAACUGUUGGUGAUAGACUAUACAUAUACUUAGAAUUCGUGUCUGGUGGGUCUAUUUAUAAGCUUCUUCAAGAAUAUGGACAGCUUGGUGAACUUGCAAUACGUAGUUAUACCCAACAAAUACUCUCCGGGCUUGCAUUCCUUCAUGGAAAAAACACUGUUCACAGGGAUAUCAAAGGUGCAAAUUUACUUGUUGACCCCAAUGGCCGUGUUAAGUUGGCAGAUUUCGGUAUGGCAAAGCAUAUUACCGGACAGUCAUGUCCAUUGUCAUUUAAGGGAAGCCCCUACUGGAUGGCACCGGAGGUUAUUAAAAAUUCAAAUGGUUGCAACCUUGCUGUUGACAUAUGGAGCCUUGGUUGUACUGUCUUGGAAAUGGCGACAACCAAACCACCAUGGAGCCAGUAUGAAGGGGUUGCUGCUAUGUUCAAAAUAGGCAACAGCAAAGAAUUACCAGCUAUUCCCGAUCAUCUAUCUGAUGAAGGAAAAAGUUUUGUGAAGCUAUGUCUGCAGCGAGAUCCACAACAGCGCCUUUCUGCAGCUCAACUGCUUGAACACCCAUUUGUCAAGAAUACUGCUCCGCUAGUGAGGCCUAUACCAAGUCCCGAGCCAGCUGAUACUCCAAUUCCAAUUAAUAUUCUAAAUGGGACGAGGUCUUUGGGGGUGGGAGUUGAGAGGAACCUUUCCAGCUUGGACUCUGAAAGACUUGCUGUUCAUUCAUCCAGGGUUUCACCUGCUCGACCUCGCUCCAGCGAGUAUUACAUUCCGCGGAACAUAUCUUGUCCUGUCUCACCAAUUGGCAGCCCACUGUUGAAUCCAAGGUCACCUCAACACCUAAACGGUAUGAUGUCACCUUCUCCUAUAUCGAGCCCCCGAACCACAUCUGGCUCAUCAACACCCCUUACUGGUGUUAGUGGUGCUAUUCCAUUUCAUCACUCACAGUCACAGCAGUCUCUUUACAUGCAAGAGGGUUUCGGAACCUUGCCUAAAUCUCCAAACAGUGUUUUCCAGAAUGCGCCCUGUUACCAUGACCCGAACCCAAAUAUUCUUCGAGGGAUGCAAUCUGGAUCUGGACCCCAUGCUAUAACAUUAGUGAGUCCCAAAAAUGGAAACCAUGUAAAACAGGUCGAAAGAGAAAGAUCGUGUCAAGGGGGGGACCCUUGUAAUGGACGCACCAUAUUGGUUGAUCGUGUAUCCAAACAGCUAUUACGGGAGCAUGUAAAGCAGCAAAAUCCUUCCGUUGAAUUUAGUCCCCGCUCCACAUUGCCUAGUCGGACCCACCAUGGCCUCUAGCUUCAUUCAUCACCCCGCCCGUGUACCGGAUAAUUCUAUUGUUUUGGCAUUUUGGACAUAAAAGGAAAAAUGAAGAACGGAGUUGGUUGAAUUUGGAUUUUUGAAGCUCGAUUGGUCUUAUUUUGGCACUUGGUCAUCAACCACAAUGCAAACGUUGAAGAGUACUCUGUUUCGGUGGCAACAUACAGCUCGGGGUUUUUGCAGCUCAAAAUGGCGGAUUUCACUUUUGAAAAUCUCAAUGUGGGAGGUAAACUGCCAUGUUUUGUACAAAUUCAGAACUCUUCUUUUUCUUUCUGAUAAUAGAGUCAUUAAGACCGACCUAAGACUAAAAAAGCUCGUUCAGCAGAAAGCGGUUCUAGAAGAGAGGUUUUCAAGUUUCGGAUGGACCUGCGUUUUUCUAGGUCAUCAUCUCAGACAAAGCUAGAACUUAACCAAGAAAGCUGGGAUUUUGAAUGGUUUAGUAAAAGUUUAUGUUGUACAGGAGUCUAAUUUGGAUAUACAGCCAUGGGAAUGGAGUUCAGAAUAUGCUUAAUUAACCAAUUAAGGGUUCGAGUCUGUUUUGGAGCCCGUUUAUUAUACCUGCUCUGAUGUAAUUGUCUAUAUUAUUAUUAUUAUGAUUAUGAUUAUGAUUAUUAUGUAGUAAUAUUGUUUACCCUGUUUCUGUACAUUUACUAUAUUAGUACAGAAAUGUACGUGCUCAUUCAGACUGUAAUUUUACUCUUUUGACAUCCAGUGAUAUUUGAUGAAAUGAAACAUGCAUUUCCAUGGCUCUUCAA